AUGAUGCACGUUCACCCUUAUUAUAAUUUGAAUUCGUUUGAUCUAUGCUUUGGAGGUGAAAAUUCACCAUUCGUUCAGCCACAAGAUUUCACGUUACAACAACAACAAAACUGGAAUUUAUAUAAUCAAUUAAUAGAUCCAUCCAUGAUCGAGAAUAAUUACGUUACCUUGGACGCUCUCGCCCCAAUUGAUCAAAAUUAUGCUCAACCCAAUUACGACUUUCAGGAUCAAACGAAAAAAUGCAAUCACGUUUAUUCCAAAUUCACAAUUCCUUCAAUCACCUCGAUCAUAUCCCAACCUUCAUCAAUAACGGAUAGUCUCAACGUUACGAAUUUCAUAAUAGAUCAAGUUUUACAUCAACAAUCAUCAUUGUCAAAUAAUGCAUUCUCGAUAACGCCGUCAUCAAUCAUAUCCCCAAUAUCAAACACUACAAUUUCAUUACAAGAUAUAAUAGAUGGAACGAAGGUCAUGCAGGAAAUCUCAAAAGAUUCGACGAUUUUCGAUUUAGGUUUGACCAAUUGUGACAUGGAUCUCAAUGAAAAUUCAAUUGAAUGGUUACUUCAAGAUAGUUGUCCGGAAAUGUCGAAACCACUUGACACGUGUCAAUCAUUAACCGAAAAGGAACCUGUUGAGGAAUGUCGUCGGGAUAUUGAUGAUUUGAUAGAAGAACAUAUGAAGGAAAUGAAAAAGUUCAUUCAUAAUGAGAUUUUAUGUCAAGAGAUAUUAACAGAGCCAUCGUGUUUUGAAUUUCAAGAUUUACCUCUUGACAAUUUGGAGAUUGAAACAGAUUGUUCGUCGACGAGCUCGACAUCAACAGCGGUAUAUCUUCAAGAAGGAAUAUGUCAAGAAGCUGAUGGCUUAUUAUCAACAACGAACAUGUUUAUGCCGCAGGAAGACAAUUUCUCAUACGAUGCAUUAGCAAUCGAAGAAAUUCCAAAUUUAUUUUCAACAAAUUUACUUGAAACUCAUAAAGCAACCCAUAUAAAUGAUGAAAUCUUUUUAUAUAAUGAUCUCUUAGGGUGCGACAUGAAAUUUGAAAGUUCUGAUGAAUUGAUAAAAUAUCAACUUGACUAUUUAAAUUGA